AUGCCCGCUGCCAUAACACGAAGGGAAGCUACUACUGCACAUGCAAGCCAGGAUACAGGCCUGGUUCUGGGGCAACAAAGUUUAGUAAUGCAAGUGAGAACACGUGUCAAGAUGUGGAUGAUUGUCAACCAGGGCAAAACUCCUGCCACAAAUCCACCCAAUGCCACAACACCGAGGGCAGCUAUGAGUGCCUCUGUCGCCCAGGCUGGAAGCCGGUUCCUGGGUCCCCCCAUGGCCCACACAACACCAUCUGUGAACAAGAUAUCUCCUUCCCCACCUGGACCCCGCCCCCUGAAAUCAAGAGCCAGAAUCUCUCUCGCUUCUUUGAAAGAGUCCAGGACCUACGCAGAGACUUCAAGUCUGCUUCAGCCCAGGACACCAUCCAGGACAUCAUACAGGAGGUGGAUAAUCUCCUGGAGAACCCGGGGGACCUGCUUACCCUGCCUCCUUCAGAGCAGCACUGUGCUGACUGGCUGGGAGCACAUCCUGAGAGAGCUGAGCAAGGCCUUGUCCAAUGGGACACUGACCUUCAGGACAACUGCAGGAACAGAACUGUCCCUGGAGGUGAAGAAGCAAGGAGACAAGAAUGUCACCCUGAGAAUUAAUCAGGCAAAGAUGCUGGUGAACUGGGAUGUGGUGCAAAACUCAGGUGGCUCAGGCCCUUCUGUCGUGGGCCUUGUCUCCUCUCCAGGGAUGGGUAAGUUGCUGGUUGGGGCCCCCCUAGUACUGGAAACUGAGGAGCAGUCAGUUCUGCAUGAGACACACAAGGGCCUGCUGCAGGAAGUCUCCCCCGUCCUGCUCUCAGAUGUCAUAACAGCCUUCGUGAGCAAUACCGACACUCAGAACCUCAGCUCCCCAGUCACCUUUGAAACUCCCAUGCAUGUUUCACCUAAAAGAAAAUAA